UCAUUUUCAGAUGCAACAGGCAGCUUAAAAGCUUUCAUAUAUAUAAACCUAAUAUUCACUCUCAUUUUUAGCUCUGUUCUUGUUUUUUCUGGAGGAAAUAUCAGCCUGUCUGUCCCUUAAGGUGCUAAAGGUUUCACUAUCAGAGCGUUUUGUUUGACCAGAUCUGCCUGCUGCUGCUGGAAAUACUGCAAAAACACCACACACAAAGAUAGAACUACUGGAGUUAUGUGAUAACUCUCCAUGUGUUUGUCAUCAUGACUGACAAGUUUAACUUUCCACAUCAUCAUUUGAACCAUUGUUCAUGUAAAAUAUCGAUUAGUGUAGCUUUAAAUUACAUCAGUGAGUGUAUCAUAGCCCUUGGAAAUGUCUCAGUACUUUCCAAUCUGAGCAAAGUGGACCCAUAUGAGACCGCUGAAAUUCUGUGGCAGGCUGUGGUUCUAGAAAUGUGCUGCCCACAUCGACCAAACUUUGUCGUGUCUGCUGUAAUUAACAUGAUACUACCAGAGUACACUCUUCAAGAGUAAAACUUCAGCAAAGAAAAGUUUGCAGACUCCCAACAAAUACUCACAGUUACAAUUAAUCUGCCCAGUGAUCGCAUCCUGCCCGUGAGGAACAUGUCCUCUCUCCAAAUGGGAAAGUAAUUGCAGUCUUUGCCACCUAUACUCCCACAUAAUAGCACUUAGACCCUGUAAUUUUGUUUUCACUCUUCCUCACGUCUCCAUCUGCAUAUGUUAAGUGUAGCAAUUACACUGGGAAAUUGCUCCUAACUACAUGGGGUUUAUAGGAUGGACAGUUUCUUUUCUUGGUAAGAGCAUAAAAGAAAACAGGGGUGAUACAGUUACAUUGUUCGAGCAGCAUUCCCAUCCGGAGAGAUUUUUACUUAAAAAAAUGUUUUUGAACCACUCUAGACAAAAAUCUGUCUUCAUUCAAAGUUUAAAGUCUUUAAAAUGUCAUUUAUUGGAGUCAGUUAUUCUGUUUAACACACUGAUGUUAAACUGAGACGGUAGAUGUCUUUUCAGCUCAUCUGCUCUGUUUUCUACUGUUGAGUUAAAAACUUAAAGAAGAAAUUGAAACUUGAUAAAGAAAAGCUGUCACACUUCCUCUGUUUAUUGUAAUAAUUAUUUUUGUUCAGUUUCACUUUGGGAUAUCGGCACAUUCCUUGGAUGGGAACCUUUGGUGAUGAUGCAGUUUUAUUUUUUAAAUUGAUGUGUUUUCUUCCUUUUUUGUUUAUGUCUACGGUUCUAAAAUUAGCAGAGACAUGUUGUGUUUAAUGUUUAUUUGAAUCAUUUCAGUGAUAUAUACUAUACUUUCACUGUCUCACAUUACUGAAUUAUAAUUAUUUCAAUGCUGUUUCCUGAAGGAUUGAUUCACCCAAAUUUACAUAACACACGAGUUCCUAUCUAGCCAUGCAGAUAGUUUUAGAUCUAUCCCAGUAUAAUGAAGGUAAACGGACCUUAUGGUGCUCACAUCGAUGUCAAGUCUCAUUUAUUUGGGCUUACGUUGAAGAUUUUACUGCCAGAGAAAUAGAACAUUAUUCUGAGUGUGUUCUGUGGAAUAUCCAGAGUAAAAGUUACAUUGUUUCUAGAAAGAGAUGUGUGAGAGCACACCAGAGAUCUCAGAUAUAGUGUAGAUAUCUUUAAAAGUUGGACAAGUAUAUCCAAAACCAUCUGCAUGGCUACAUACCACUGUAAGUUGGGUGGACUGAUUAAAAUGCAUGAGUUGUUGUACAUGUUGUCUCACCUCUCUUUACUGCUCUUAUGACUGCUACCAUUCACCGACCGCUGCCGCAGGACCUCCAGGCCUUUAGGACGUUCUCCUUUUUGCAUCUCUAGUCUCUCUCUCUCUCUCUCUCUGGUUGGUCUCUCCACCCUCUCUGUGACCUGGGGAUGAACGCACCAAUGAGGAGCCUCACAGGUAUGCCUGAUCGCAUGUUAUGUGCAGUGCUGGAGCAAUUUCAGCUUUACUUUUCCCUUUGAUCCACUCUCUGUAUAGCACAGCAAGCCCCAGCAUGCUGAAGAGGAAACAGAGCUCACGGGUCGAGGCCCAGCCCAUGACCGACUUUGGGCCGGACGAGACCCUCGCAGACAGCGCUGAUAUCUUCUGGAUCAACAAACCAUGGGUGCACACUCUGCUGCGGGCCUGCGCCAUCAUCAGCGUCAUCUCCGUGUGCAUGAACACCCCCAAGACGUUUGAGCAUUACCCUCCGUUGCAAUAUGUGACGUUCACGCUGGACACACUGCUCAUGUUCCUCUACACCGCCGAGAUGAUCGCCAAGAUGCACAUCAGAGGAAUCAUCAAGGGGGAUAACUCCUAUGUCAAGGAUCGCUGGUGUGUGUUUGAUGGAUUCAUGGUGUUUUUCAUCUGGGUGUCCCUGGUGCUGCAGGUGUUUGAAAUAGCAGAGCUUGUGGAUCAGAUGUCUCCGUGGGGAAUGUUGAGAAUCCCCCGAGCGCUCAUUAUGAUCCGGGCCUUCAGGAUCUACUUCCGCUUCGAGCUUCCUCGAUCCCGCAUCACCAACAUUCUGAAGCGAUCCGGGGAACAGAUCUGGAGUGUUUCCAUCUUCCUGCUGUUUUUUCUCCUGCUCUAUGGAAUUCUGGGGGUUCAAAUGUUUGGAACGUUCAACCAUCACUGCGUUACUAAUGAAACAAAGAAAGGCGAUGUGACGUGGAACAGCUUGGCCAUCCCAGACACUCAUUGUUCCCCUGAUGGGGAGGGUUACCAGUGUCCCUAUGGCUUCAAAUGUGUGGAUCUGGAAGAGCUGGGCCUCAGUCGACAGGAGCUCGGUUACAGCGGCUUCAAUGAACUAGGUACAAGUAUCUUCACUGUGUACGAGGCUGCAUCACAGGAGGGCUGGGUCUUCCUCAUGUACAGAGCCAUCGACAGCUUCCCUCGCUGGCGCUCCUACUUCUACUUCAUAACUCUCAUUUUCUUCCUGGCAUGGCUCGUCAAGAAUGUGUUCAUUGCAGUCAUCAUCGAGACAUUUGCUGAGAUCAGAGUGCAGUUUCAGCAGAUGUGGGGGUCAAGGAGCAGCACCACCUCUACUGCUACAACACAGAUGUUCCACGAAGACGCCGCCGGGGGAUGGCAGCUUGUAGCCGUGGACGUCAACAAACCUCAUGGCCGAGCGCCUGCCUGCCUCCAGCAACUGAUGCGGUCCUCUGUGUUCCACAUGUUCAUCUUGAGCAUGGUCGCUGUGGACGUCAUCGUUGCCGCUAGCAACUAUUAUAAAGGCGAGAACCAUCGCAGGCACUAUGAUGAGUUCUACCUGGCAGAGGUUGCCUUCACUGUGUUAUUCGACCUGGAGGCUCUGUUGAAAAUCUGGUGUCUGGGCUUCACCGGCUACAUCAGCUCCUCCCUGCACAAGUUUGAAUCUCUGCUGGUGGUGGGCACCACGCUGCACAUCUACCCCGACCUCUACCACUCUCAGUUCACAUACUUUCAGGUCCUGCGUGUGGUGCGUUUGAUCAAGAUCUCCCCAGCUCUGGAGGACUUUGUGUAUAAGAUAUUCGGUCCAGGUAAAAAACUAGGCAGCCUGGUGGUGUUCACAGCCAGCCUCCUCAUCGUCAUGUCAGCCAUCAGCCUGCAGAUGUUCUGCUUCGUGGAGGAGCUGGACCGCUUCACAACAUUCCCACGGGCAUUCAUGUCCAUGUUCCAGAUCCUAACCCAGGAGGGCUGGGUGGAUGUCAUGGACCAGACUCUGGUGGCUGUAGGUCAUAUGUGGGCUCCGGUUGUAGCCAUUUACUUCAUCCUCUACCAUCUGUUCGCCACCCUGAUUCUGCUCAGUCUUUUUGUGGCCGUUAUCUUGGACAAUCUGGAGUUGGAUGAAGACUUGAAGAAGCUCAAACAGCUCAAGCAAAGUGAAGCCAACGCUGACACCAAAGAGAAGCUCCCCCUACGACUCAGGAUCUUUGAGAAGUUCCCCAACAGACCUCAGAUGGUGAAGAUCUCCAAGCUCCCGUCUGACUUCACCGUGCCCAGGAUCAGAGAGAGUUUUAUGAAGCAGUUCAUUGAUCGUCAGCAGCAGGACACCAGUUGUUUGUUCCGGCGUCUCCCCUCUGCUUCAUCCUCCUCCUGUGACCACUCCAAACGCUCAGCCAUCGAAGACAACAAGUAUAUCGACCAAAAGCUUCGCAGGUCAAUAUUUAGUAUCCGAGCUCGUAACCUCCUGGAAAAAGAAACUACAAUCAAUAAAAUCUUGCGGGCUUGUACCAGACAGCGUAUGCUGAGCGGAUCCUUUGAAGGCCAGCCAGCCAAAGAACGCUCCAUACUCAGUGUCCAGCAUCAUAUACGGCAGGAGCGCAGAUCUCUGAGACAUGGCUCCACUAGUCAGAGGAUCAGCCGAGGGAAGUCGCUGGAGACGCUGACCCAGGAUCAUUCCAGCACAGUUCGCUAUCGCAAUGCACAGAGAGAGGACAGCGAGAUCAAGAUGAUCCAAGAGAAGAAAGAGCAAGCUGAAAUGAAAAGGAAAGUCCAGGAGGAGGAGCUGAGAGAAAAUCAUCCUUACUUCGACAAGCCGCUCUUUAUCGUGGGACGGGAGCACCGCUUCAGGAACUUUUGCAGGAUGAUCGUUCGAGCUCGCUUCAACGCAUCCAAAACUGACCCCAUAACCGGAGCAGUGAAGAACACCAAAUACCACCAGCUGUAUGAUCUUCUGGGCCUCGUCACCUAUUUGGACUGGGUUAUGAUUGUAGUAACCAUCUGCUCCUGUAUCUCCAUGAUGUUCGAAUCACCCUUCACCAGGGUCAUGCACGUCCCCACGCUGCAGAUCGGGGAGUACGUUUUUGUGAUCUUCAUGAGCAUCGAGCUCAAUCUGAAGAUCAUGGCCGACGGCCUGUUCUUCACGCCCACGGCCGUCAUCAGAGACUUCGGAGGGGUCAUGGACAUUUUCAUCUAUCUUGUGAGUCUGAUCUUUCUGUGCUGGCUGCCUCCUGACGUCCCUCCUGAGUCUGGGGCUCAGCUGCUGAUGAUGCUGCGCUGCCUGCGUCCGCUCAGGAUCUUCAAGCUGGUACCCCAGAUGAGGAAGGUGGUGCGGGAGGUUCUCAAAGGAUUCAAGGAGAUUUUCCUGGUUUCCAUUCUGCUCCUCACGCUAAUGCUGGUGUUCGCAAGCUUCGGAGUUCAGCUGUUUGCCGGAAAGCUUGCCAAAUGCAACGACCCCCACAUCCUUAAACGGGAGGAUUGUCACGGCAUAUUCCGAAUUAAUGUCAGCGUUUCCAAAAACCUCAACCUGAAACUGAAGGCUGGGGAGAAGAAACCUGGUUUCUGGGUACCAAGAGUCUGGGCCAACCCUCGUAAUUUUAACUUUGACAAUGUGGGAAAUGCCAUGUUGGCUCUGUUCGAAGUGCUUUCACUCAAAGGCUGGGUGGAGGUCCGGGAUGUCAUCAUUCACCGCGUUGGACCGAUCCAUGGCAUCUACAUCCAUGUUUUUGUGUUUCUGGGAUGCAUGAUUGGACUCACUUUGUUUGUAGGCGUCGUCAUUGCAAACUUCAACGAGAACAAGGGCACCGCUCUCCUAACAGUAGACCAGAGGAGGUGGGAAGAUCUGAAGAGUCGACUGAAGAUAGCCCAGCCUCUCCACCUUCCCCCUCGCCCAGAAAACGGCGGCUUCCGGGCCAAGAUGUAUGACAUCACUCAACAUCCCUUCUUCAAACGGGGCAUUGCCGUGCUGGUGUUGGCACAGUCGGUGCUGCUCUCGGUUAAGUGGGACGUAGGUGACGAUCAAGUAACGUUUCCUCUUGCCACCAUUUCAGUCGUCUUCACUUUUAUAUUUGUGCUGGAGGUGACCAUGAAGCUGAUAGCCAUGUCUCCGGCGGGUUACUGGCAGAGCAGGCGGAAUCGCUAUGACCUGUUGGUCACGUCGCUGGGUGUCAUCUGGAUAGUCUUACACUUUGCCUUACUGAAUGCAUAUACCUACAUGAUGGGCACCUGUGUGAUCGUCUUUAGAUUCUUCACAAUAUGUGGGAAGCAUGUGACUCUGAAGAUGCUGCUGCUGACUGUGGUUGUCAGCAUGUACAAGAGCUUCUUCAUCAUCGUGGGCAUGUUCCUCCUUCUCCUCUGCUACGCGUUUGCCGGCGUUGUUCUCUUUGGAACUGUCAAAUACGGAGAGAACAUCAACCGGCAUGCCAACUUCUCCACAGCGGGAAAGGCUAUCACUGUUCUCUUCCGCAUUGUCACAGGGGAAGAUUGGAAUAAAAUCAUGCAUGACUGCAUGGUACAGGCCCCUUUCUGCACCCCAGACAAGCAUCGCUACUGGGAAACUGACUGUGGCAACUACGCUGGAGCGCUUAUCUACUUCUGCUCCUUCUAUGUCAUCAUAGCCUACAUCAUGCUCAACCUGCUCGUAGCCAUCAUCGUGGAGAACUUCUCUCUGUUCUACUCCACCGAGGAGGACCAGCUGUUGAGCUAUAAUGACCUGAGGCACUUCCAAAUCAUCUGGAACAUGGUGGAUGACAAACGGGAGGGCGUGAUCCCGACGUCCAGGGUGAAGUUCCUGCUUCGCCUGCUCCGAGGCAGGCUGGAGGUGGACCUGGACAAAGACAAGCUGCUGUUCAAACACAUGUGCUACGAGAUGGAGCGACUGCACAGUGGAGGGGACGUGACCUUCCACGAUGUGCUCAGCAUGCUGUCAUACCGCUCAGUGGACAUUAGAAAGUCUCUCCAGCUGGAGGAGCUGUUGGCCAGGGAACAGUUGGAGUACACCAUUGAAGAAGAGGUUGCCAAACAGACUAUACGCAUGUGGCUGAAGAAGUGCCUCAAACGCAUCCGGGCGAAGCAGCAGCAGUCGUGCAGCAUCAUCCACAGCCUGAGAGAGAGCCAGCAGCAGGAGAUAAAUCGCUUACUCAACCCCCCCAGCAUCGAGACCACUGUACCGAGCGAGGACCACAACACUAACAACCCAGACAACCCCUCGCAGCCUGAGAGUGGUCUCCAGCAGCUACUGAGCCCCAUGUUGUCAGACAGAGGAGGCUACAGGCAGGACUCUUCAGACCUGGGGAGACCACAGAGGAAGCUGGGACAAUGGCGGCUGCCUGCAGGUCGCACAAGCGUCAAGUCCAUAGUGUGCAAGAUGAACCCCGUCAACAACGAGGCUUCUUCGGGGUCCGAGGUGAAGAAGUGGUGGACCCGUCAGCUGACCGUGGAGAGCGACGAGAGCGGCGACGACCUCAUCGACAUUUAGAGAAAACGCUGCGGCACAUUCCUGACGUUUUUCCAUUUUUACAGAUGAGAGUCGAGUCGAGUCUCGGAGUCGAUUCAUUUCCUCUCCCCUGAUCAGUGAAAAUAAUUCUUUUUGUAAACUUUUUUUAUGCAGGUUCUGAACUGUUCAAAAGGUGCAGAACGCGUGACAGCGAGCCUUUUUCGACAUGCAGUGACGAUUUCAUACUCCUGGGAUAGGUACUACUUUUCCUCUGUGAUUCUUCGCUCAUUCCAAUUGCUGAGUUUUUCUAUGCAGAUACAUAUUAGUGUUAAAGCAGACUGUGACCAGGACAUGUUGCAUUCAUCAAACGAACCAACGAGCUGCUGCUGUGUGUGUUUUCUACUGUCCGCUGUUUCAGAUCAGCCGUGUUGAUGCAGCUACAAUAAUUAGUGUCGUCCCUCCACGUCUCCGCUUUGUUCUCCUCAGUUUUAGUCCACAUUUCUCCUCUAGUCAUCAGUAUUAAUCAUAUAAAUGUUGAUUUUCAUAUAGUCACUUUAUACUUAAUCCAGGCCUCUUGUUCUCGUUUCUAGGACAAGCAAAAUUGAAGCGACUUUUAGAUUUAUGACUGUGAAUGUAAUUAAGAGUCAAAUCUAUCUUAUGUAUGUGUGUGGAGUUAAAAUAUUUUGUAAAUUAUUAUAAAUCUUUAGCUUUAUCAAGUAUUUAAUUAUUCUAAUAAAGGCCUGCACUGCUUAGGCAUUUAUGAGCAAAAGAAUUGUCCGAUUUCUUUUCCUUUACAUUCCAGCACAUACCUGUCCA